AUGUCUGUCAAGGACGUCAGCAAGAAAAGCAGCGAGCUGGAGGGCAAGCUUAAGGGUAAACUUUUCCUGGGCGGCGCGAAGCCAUCUGAGGAGGAUGUGAAGAUGUUCAACGACCUCCUCGGUGCCGGCAACACGUGCGUCUGCCGCUGGGUGAAGAACGUGGCUUCCUUUACAGAGGCGGAACGCAAGGCGUGGGGCGCCCCAGUGAAGGUAACGGCUCCUGCUGCUGCUGCUGCUGCACCUGCUCCGGUGAAGGAGGCACCAAAGAAGGAAACCCCCGUCCCCGCCAAGAAGGAUGACGACGACGACAUUGAUCUGUUCGGCGACGCCACGGAAGAGGAGACAGCCGCGCUCGAGGCCAAGAAGAAGAAGGACGCUGAAGCCAAGAAGGCGAAGAAGGUGGUCAUUGCGAAGUCUUCUAUCCUCUUUGACAUCAAGCCGUGGGAUGACACCGUCGAUCUUGAGGCGCUGGCCGGUAAGCUGCACGCCAUCCAGCGUGACGGUCUGCUCUGGGGCGACCACAAGCUGGUGCCGGUGGCGUUCGGCGUGAAGAAGCUGCAGCAGCUCAUCGUUAUUGAGGACGACAAGGUUUCUGGUGACGAUCUGGAGGAUAUGGUGAUGUCGUUUGAGAAUGAGGUGCAGUCGAUGGACAUUGUCGCCUGGAAUAAGAUCUAA